UUAUAAAUAACUUUUCCAUCGUAACACGAAACAGUGCAGUGACGGCAGUGACAGACUCAAUGAAAUACGGAGGUUUGAGUUUUGUUGUUUUACAUUUUCAGGAAUAGCAAUUACUUGUUCAGUGAUGCAAUGAAUGUAAUAAACACAUCCAAUUGAUUGUGAAGCUGAUUGUGUAAUGAGUGUCUUAUGUUUCUGUAAUAUCUGCUAUUGAAAAGUGUAGCAAUCAUAAGCAAAAGCUGCUGGUGUGGUCAAUUGGACAAUUUGUGUGUGAAAGAGAGGCAUAGAAAGAUGUCGACCAGCGAGAUUGAAGAAUUCGUAAAUGGAGCACUUAUUUCGUGGAUUGAGUCAUGUCUUUCACGUCAUGAAAUUAUUUCCGGAUAUGUUUCCUUGCUGGAUGGAACGAUUUUACAUAGCGUUUAUCUUCAAAUAGAUCCUGAGCCACAAUUUCACCCAGUUAAGUUGAAGAACAUAGAGGGAAUGUCACUAGCAUCAAGCCGUGCUCGAAACUUUGACGCAAUUGUCAGAAAUUUACGUAACUUGUACGAUGAAGAGCUUGGCCAAACUAUUCUGACCUUACCGGAUUGUUCAAUUUUGGGACAGUUUCCUGAAUCACGCGCUGGGUUAGAUCAGAUGAAAUUAUUAAUCACACUGCUCCUUGGUGCUGCUGUUCAGUGUCCGAAUAAGGAAAUAUUUAUCGCACGCAUAAAAGAACUUGAUCUCGACACACAGCAUGCAAUUGUGGAUGUGAUAAAACAAGUGACUGAUAGUCAAACUUUGGUGCUUACUCAAGAAGCGCUAGAUCAACUUCCAUCGGAAACCAUGUGUAAACAUAUCGUAAGACUCGCAAAAGAACGUGAUCAGUACCACAGUAAAUGGAUGUCCACGGUAGUUUCAGACUCGGACACGAUAAACAGUUCUAGUUCAAAAACGAGUUUGCACAACUCUUCAUCGGCGACGACUAGUUCAGCUAAUACACCUUCUACAUGUUCGGAAAAUAAUCACCUUGCAGUAGAACUAGCCGACUAUAAAUCCAAACUGAGAAAGUUACGUCAGGAACUUGAGGAAAAAUCUGAAAUGUUAAUGGAAGUCAAGGAGGAGCUCGACCAUAAGAGUAAUCAAUACGAGAAACUGAGAGUAGAAAGUCAAGACUGGUGUACAGAAGCUAGGCGUGCUGCUGCUUACCGGGACGAGGUUGACGUUUUACGAGAACGCGGCGAACGAGCGGAUCGUCUUGAAUUGGAAGUUCAGAAAUUAAGAGAAAAAUUGUCUGAUGCCGAAUUUUACCGAUCAAGAGUGGAAGAGUUGAGAGAGGAUAAUCGCAUGUUACUUGAAACUAAGGAUAUGUUGGAAGAACAACUGAUUCGAUCACGAAAACGAAGCGAUCAGGUUAUGGUUUUAGAAACGGAAAUAAUCAAAUUUAAGCAAAUGCUUAAUGAUAUGUCUCUUGAGCGCGACGUUGACAAAAGCAAACUGCAUGAACUGUUGGAAGAAAACAUGCAAUUGCAGCUGGCAACGAAAAAUUUGAUGUCUGGCCCAGACGCAGCUGCGAACCAAAACCAUUCAGACACGGAGGAAGAUGUUCCAUCGAACGAUAAUAGUUUGUCUGAGCAAUUGACUAGCAAUGCACAGUCACGUGCACUGAAGUUAGAACUAGAAAACCGUCGUCUUUUAGCAGCUUUAGAUAGUCUUAAAGAAUCUUCCUUUCAUGAAUCAUCCAACAGAAUCUUAGAUUUGGAAAAAGACAAGAAAAAAUUAUCUCUUCGUUUAGACCAAGUGCAGGAAAAUUGUAACCGGCAUGUGCAACAAAAUGCUGAACUAGAGAAUGUUUUCAAAAAUGCUCUAGAGGAGAAUAAAAAAAUGCAAGACGCUCUAGACGCUAAACAGCAAAUCGUGGACAAACAAACCCACGAUCGAGAGCUUGAUCGAAUCCGUCAAAUUGAUCUAGAGAAACAAAUCGAAAGUUUGACUAAGGAUAAACAACGAGUACAGACGCUCUGUGAAAGCAUUCAGCGGAGAACGGCAGAUUUGGAACGAUCUCUCGAGGUUAAAACUAAAGAAGUUUGCCAACUGAACGAGAGAUCAGCCGAACUUAUUACUUUAAAAAAGGAAUUUUAUGAACUUAAUGGAAAAGUAUCAUUGCUUGAGAAGGAAAACUAUGGUCAAUCCAAAGAUAUAAUAAAAUAUAAAGAGAUGCUUGAACAGAAAGCUGUCGAAUUGGAUGAGUUUUCAGUGAAACUGAAACAAAGAGAAAAGGACAUGGCACAAUUACUAAAAGAACUUGGCGAAAGAGAUAACUACGAAAAGACAAUACAAGAAUUGGAAAAAACGAACAAGGAACUUCUUUCACAACAGAAAAUUCAGGACUCGACCAUAUCGACAUUACAGAAAGAUUUAUACAAUGGAACGUUAGCAACAAAAAAAGUUAAACAAAAUUUGGAACGCUUGGGAUUAACUGAUAGCGAUAUUGAAAAAACUGAUAUGAAUGUUGAAGUUUUUGUUGAAAAACUUUGCAAAAAUCCUGAAUCCUUCAAAACUGUUCGAGAAAUUGUUCUCAAUGUUGGAAAAGAAAUAAGAAAAUCGGCAGAUAUUUGUGUGCUUUGUCACAAACAGGAAAUCUAUACGGUCGAAAAGGACAUUGAAUUUUCUAAUUGCGAUGAGCCGGUCAUGCCCAAUGAGUUGGAAUUUAAAGCAGAUCAGUUAAAAAUUGAAAAUUUGGCAUUGCAAAAUGCGAAUGAAUCUCUUCAAGCAGAAAAUGCUCGUCAAAAGGUGGAAGUAGCGACAUUGGGAUCGCAAAUCACCUCUUUGAAUACUCAACACGUUGCUUUACAGCUUGCCAAUUCCCAAUUAGCUGCUGAAAAAGAUAUGCUAGUGAAACAAGUUGAAGCAAAAAAACAAGCAUACGAAUCACUUCAGCAUGAUCAGGUUACUUUACAAUGUCUGCACGAGCAGCUUAGUAGUGAAUACGACUCACUUAAUGGAGAAAAAGAAAUUCUCAAAAAUACUAAUCGUGAUCUAAAGACGGAAAACCGUGGGCUAAAAGAACAUGUUAUAAUUAUUGAGAAAAAACUGGAAGAUUGCAAACUUGAAUUGGCCUCAAUGAAAGAUGGCAUUACUAAUUUAGCGAAUUUAAGGGCAGAGCAUUCAAAGCUAAAAGACGAUUUUCGGUGUUUAUUUACAACUAGUGAACGGUUGAAACAAGAGUACAAAAAUCGCCAAGAACAAUACCGUAGCUGUCGAGCAGAAAAUAGUAGACUUAAAUUGCAGAAUACCGAGCUAACUGGUGAAUUGAGCAACAAAGGAGAACAGAUCACUAAUCUUGAAAUAGAAUAUACUAAAAUGCAUCAAAGAUGUGAGAUUCUUUUGCAAAUGAAUUCGAGCUUAGAUAUAGACAGACGAACGCUAAUGGAUCACGUGUCACAGAUACUAGCCCAAUAUCAUGAACUCUUGGCGCAUUCUUUAGAAGAUAAACAACACUACCACGAUGAAGAAAAAAAUUUUACGGAUCGAGUAAAUAAUUUGCAUCGCCAAAAAGAAAAGCUAGAGGAAAAAAUCAUGGAACAUUACCGAAAGUUAGAUAGUUGUUCACCGAAAAAGAAACCUUUUGCAUUGAAUUUUGUCAAGAAAGUACGCAAAGCAGGUUCUGAAUUGAUGAAUCGAAAUCGUAACCGUCGCUCGUGGGUCGAUGAACCGCGUUUAACUCAGUCGCAAUUUACACUCGGGUCGGAGUCCGGAGGAAAUGAAUCCGAUAAUAGUAUAGAAGAACCAAACUCAGUAGCGUCAGAUACAAAUUUAUUACAGCGAAACUCAGCUCUGCGACAAAGUUUACAGCGAAAGCCAAACAAUGAAGCUCUAAACACCAGUUUGUUAAGAGGUGGUAUCAGAAGCAGCUUACAGUCGUCUCGAAAAGAUGAUGUCACACAGGCACACAGAAAUAGUUUUCCAGGCUUUGAUUCGGGGAAUGAUGCUUUAAAUCUUGGUACAGCUGGAACCCGAAGAACAGUUUAUUUGAUGGAUGAAAAAGCAUCGAAUCCAGCAAAUUCGGAGUCUAGUUCAUCAACCGGUGGUGCGGGCGCAUCUAGUUCUCCACCACCUUCAAUCACAAGUUCUCAGCUGCCGCCACCAAAUCCAGCCCAGAUUAACGCAUCCAAUGCCCCCGUUAACAAUCAAAGAGCUGCCAAUGCAGCAUCUUCUACCGCAAGUACGAGUACUACAUCAACCAACAAUGAUGCAUUUCUUUUACUCAACCGUGUUUCGACAACGACAACACUAAAAACUGUAGAAUCAACCACGACACCGCAAACGAGUGUAGUAAACCAGAACCCUUCAGGGAAUUCUUCCACAACCAAUACAGUUACUCUAGGUAUAAUAGCUGAUGAUUCGAAUAAAAAAGAUCCUACCGUCAAAAAGGCGAAAAACGAGGCAAAAAAUAGAGAAAGCACCAUAUGGUAUGAGUAUGGGUGCGUAUGAGAAUAGUGUAUGAUACCUUGCGUCAAAAAGGUAUGUCUCAAGUUUACAAAAUAAUGAAGAAAUGGAUUUUAGAAAAUCAAUAGAGUAAUGAAAAAAAAACCCGCAUUUAUCAUGUCUCUAUUAACAAUUUUUCAUGCAGUAACGAAAAAAAUUAAACAUGUUGUUUUGGAUUAUAAACAACUCUGGAUGACAGCGUGACUUAAAGGAGCUUAGCUUUAGAAUUUGUAAGCCUAAUAUAAAGUUCGAAGUGUUUCAGUACCUACUUUUUACUUUCGCACAAUAAAACUAGGUGCAUAAAAACUAGGGCCAUUCACGAAAAUAGACCUAAAAAACUAGUUGCAGCAGAAUGAUAUCCGUGAUAUUAUACAACGAGUUUAAAUAAGCAGACAAUCCUUUUCGUAAUCUCUGAACCUGCAUUUGUUAAGAUGUAAAAAAAAUGUAUUUAGUAGAGCUUUUGUGCAUCUUUCGUUGUACCGCGCGGUGCCCUAAUUCUGUGCGGAUCCUUAUUUCGUGCACUUCGUAUCAAAAUUUACAAAAAUAUCCAAUAUAAGAUGUUUUAAAAUGUAAGUUUAAAAGUGAUUUUCCUUUCACCUUGAAGUUACUUUCUGAAACAUCUUACAUUGAAUAUUUUUUCACAAUUUGAUACGAAGUGCACGGAAUAAGGAUUCGCACAGAAGUAGGGGGUAUACCUACUAUGUUCCAUGACAGUAUGAUAGCCUGAAUUAUGUAUAAAUGUGAUAUAUUAUUCUACUGUUUAUUAUAAUUAUAAUCUCAUAUGCUUGUACUGUUUCAUAAUAUUUUGUAAUAAAUUAACAAUUUCCCAGUUGUAAACCUAA